AUGUUGGGGCUCACCAAAGUUUCGGCAGUAUUGCUGGCCACUGCUGCACUAGUUGUGGCUUCACCAGCACCCUCUCCAGUCAUACACCUCCUCCCCCGACAGACCAUCAUACCCGGAGGCAAGCCAUGCGGGCAAAAUAAUGCCACAAAUCGACGGUGUUGGAAGAAUAACUGGAACAUCAGCACAGAUUAUGACAACAUCAACCCACCAGCAUUUAACAACCGAGUGUACGACUUUCACAUCACCAAUGUCACGAAUUGGCUUGGUCCGGAUGGUGUCAGGAAACCAGCGAUGCUCAUCAAUAACCAAUUCCCUGGACCCACGAUUGAAGCUGAUUGGGGUGACUAUAUCAUUGUCAAUGUGUACAAUGACAUGCAAGACAACGGAACGUCUAUUCACUGGCAUGGAAUUCGCCAGUACGGCGAAAGUAACCAGGAUGGUGCCAACGGAGUGACCGAGUGUCCUAUCCCACCUGGAUCCAUGAAGACAUAUGAUUUCCACGUCACCCAAUAUGGCACCUCGUGGUAUCACAGCCAUUAUUCCAACCAAUAUGGUAAUGGUGUUGUAGGACCCUUGAUCGUGCGUGGCCCUGCAGCGGCCAACUAUGACAUCGACCUCGGUCCUUACAUGAUCAAUGACUAUUAUCACGAAACUGCUGAUCGACUUCACUUGCGAGCCGAGUUGGUCAGCAAUGGACCUCCUCCUGACAGCGACAAUAUCCUCUUCAGAGGCAAGAACAUUCAUCCACUUGGCGCAAGCCGUGGGGGCUCUUACGACCGUCUCACUCUCACCCCCGGCAAGAAACAUCUUCUCCGCCUCAUCAAUGCCAGUGUCGACAACUCCUUUGUUAUCUCUCUCGUAGGCCACAACUUCACUGUGAUUACGAACGAUCUUGUUCCAGUCAAUCCAGUCGUGCGCUCUUCCCUUUUCAUGGCCGUGGGCCAGCGCUACGAUGUCAUCAUCGAGGCCAACCAAGCUGUGGGCAACUACUGGCUUAAUGCCACUCUCGAAGCCAACAACAACUGCGGUCGAUCCCGUAAUCUUUUCCCGGCCGCCAUCAUCAGCUACCAAGGCGCGAGCACCACCGCCCUCCCGACGAACCGCGGCACUCCCCGUGUCGCCACCUGCAACGGCGAGACCGGCUUCUCUCCCAUCCUCACCCGCACCGUGCCCUCCACCGCCUUUGCCGGCUCCGCGGUCGGAACCCUCCCCGUCACCCUCGAGUUCCCCAACCACGGCCGGGGCCAGGUGUUUGAGUGGCGCGUCAAGAACACCCCCAUCAACAUCGAGUGGGACCACCCCAUCCUCGAGUACGUCCUCGAGAACAACAGCUCCUGGCCGGGAGCGGCAAACCUCAUCGACGUCCCCCAAGCCGACCAGUGGGUCUUUUGGGUCAUCCAAAACGACUUCGCCUUGCCCCAUCCCAUCCACCUCCACGGCCACGAUUUUCUCACCCUUGGCAUCGGGUCGGGUACCUUCAACAUCAACACGAUGAAAAGCCAGCUCACGUUCAACAACCCCAUUCGACGAGACGUGGUGCAGAUGCCGGGGAAUAGCUGGCUGGUGAUUGGGUACAAGACUGAUAACCCUGGUGUGUGGCUGAUGCAUUGCCAUAUCGGGUGGCAUGUGGCUAUGGGUCUGGGGGUGCAGUUCUUGGAGAGGAAGGAUGAGAUCAAGAGGAUGAUGCCGUUGGAUCAGCUGGUGCCGAAUUGCGAUGCGUGGAGGCGAUAUGCCAAGACGAGUCCGUAUCUGCCGAAGCUGGAUAGCGGGUUGAGGAGGAGGGAGGGGGAAGAGGUGGAAAAGAGGGAGCCUGCUUGGAGGAGGAUUGCGUGA